AUGAAUAAUUUGAGAGCCAAGUCGGAACAACGUUUUGAAACUUUUAAUAGAAAGUACAAGAAUCUUGGAGUCAUCGGAAAGGGUGCCUAUGGAUCCGUGAGUUGUUAUGAAGAUAAAAGUAGAAAGAAAAUUGCUGUCAAACAAUUCUUCAUGAGGAGCGGUAAAGAUGAUGGUAUUCCUAUUACGUUGUGCCGAGAAAUUAAUUUGUUGAGAGAAUUGGAGCAUGAUAACAUUCUCAAAGUUCAAGAUAUUGUCAUUAGUACGGAUGGAAGCUUCAACAUGAUUUGUGAUUUUUGCAAAAUUGAUUUAGAAAAAUUGCUCAUGUAUCAUAAAACACAGACGAGAGCACAUAACACUUCACCGCCUCUCCCUUUGAAAUUGGAUGAUCACAUGAUUCGAUCAAUUUUGUAUCAGAUUUUGAAAGGUAUUUACUACCUGCAUAGCAAAUGGGUGAUACAUCGUGAUUUGAAACCCUCAAAUAUUCUCAUCAAUGACGUGGAUGGUGCUGAUCGAGGAUGCGUCAAGGUUGCAGAUUUUGGAUUGGCACGUAUUUUCAAAGCUCCCUUGCGAAAACUGGUUGAUGAUGGUCCUGUUGUGACCAUUUGGUACCGAUCUCCUGAGUUGCUUCUUGGUUCAAAGCACUAUACACCUGCUCUCGACAUUUGGAGUAUUGGAUGUAUCAUGUAUGAGCUGUAUGAGUUGAAACCUCUCUUUAAGGGAGAAGAGGUAAAACAAGGAAAUAAUCCAAAUCCCUUUCAAAAAGAUCAACUUGAAAAGAUAUUUCAAGUGUUGGGUACUCCAACAGUUGAGCAAUGGCCUUCGUUGAGCAGUCUUCCAGAAUACAAACAAUUGAGUAAUUUCACAAAACAUGAAAAUAAUCUGGAGGCUGUGUCAAACUUUAGCAAGGACUCACCAGAAUAUGAUUUACUUAAAAGAUUAUUGGAAUAUGAUCCAGCCAAAAGAAUUACUGCUAAGGAAGCACUUCAACAUCCCUAUUUCAAUCCAAAACCAAGCUCCAAUUGCUUUGAACAUCAUCGAUAUAUUUAUCCUGAAAUUAGACCUGUGUUACAUCCUACAUCAACUGUGUUGAGACCUCAUCAACCAAGUUAUCCUAAUCCUCAUUCAUUACCACAACCACCUCAAUACUCUCAAUCCAGUUAUCCACCUGUCCAACCACAACAAGCACAACCACCAAUGAAUUCCAUGAACCCUUCAAUGAAUGCAACUCAAAAGCCAGUCAUCAACAACGCAACAGGUUCAGCAGCCUCCAAUAAGAGGAAAAAGAAAGACGAGACCACUAAAUCGUCGUCAAGUUCAAAGAAAAAAAAGCAGUAA